AUGGGUCGUAUGUAUACUUCUGGUAAGGGUAUCUCUGGUAGUGCCCUCCCCUACCGUCGCACUCCUGCCUCUUGGGUCAAGACUACCCCCGAGGAGGUUGUUGAGCAAAUCUGCAAGAACGCCAAGAAGGGUCUUUCUCCUGCUCAAAUUGGUGUCCUCCUCCGUGACUCCAACGGUAUUCCUCAAGUCAAGUCCAUCACUGGUAACAAGAUUCUCCGUAUUCUCAAGUCCAACGGUCUUGCUCCUGAGGUCCCUGAGGAUUUGUACCAUCUUAUCAAGAAGGCUGUCUCCAUCCGUAAGCAUUUGGAACGUAACAGAAAGGAUAAGGACUCCAAGUACCGUUUGAUUCUCAUCGAAUCUCGUAUCCACCGUCUUGCUCGUUACUACAAGACUGCUGGUCAACUCCCUCCUACCUGGAAAUAUGAGUCUGCCACUGCUUCUGCUAUGGUUGCCUAA